UUUUCUCUCUUGCGUCUGCGGAAGUGACGCUCGAAGCGGUGGCGGUGGGUGGAUCCCGGAGCGGUGGGAGUUGGGCAGCGUCUCCUUUCCCCAGUCCCGGCUCCGGCUCGGCCUCCCCGCUCCGCCAUGUCCGCGCCCGGCAGCGGCGGCGAGUUCGGGAACCCGCUGCGCAAGUUCAAGCUGGUGUUCCUGGGCGAGCAGAGCGUUGGGAAGACAUCUCUGAUCACCAGGUUUAUGUAUGACAGUUUUGACAAUACUUAUCAGGCAACCAUUGGAAUUGAUUUCCUGUCAAAAACAAUGUAUCUAGAAGACCGCACGGUUCGGCUACAGCUUUGGGACACAGCAGGCCAGGAGCGGUUCCGCAGCCUCAUUCCCAGCUACAUCCGCGACUCCACCAUUGCUGUGGUAGUCUAUGACAUUACAAAUCUGAACUCGUUCCAGCAAACCUCCAAGUGGAUUGAUGAUGUGCGAACAGAGAGAGGAAGUGAUGUCAUCAUCAUGUUGGUGGGGAAUAAAACUGACCUGGCAGACAAGAGACAGGUUUCUAUAGAGGAGGGCGAGAGAAAGGCCCAAGAACUGAAUGUGAUGUAUAUUGAAACCAGUGCUAAAGCAGGAUAUAAUAUGAAACAGCUUUUUCGCCGUGUGGCUGCUGCCUUACCUGGGAUGGACAACACACCUGAGAAGAGCAAAGAAGACAUGAUUGACAUCAAGCUAGAGAAACCUCCUGAGCAGCCAGUAACGGAGAGCGGCUGUUCCUGCUAAAGUGCCCGUUGUAUAGCAACACUUUCCCUGAUUGGCCAGUCUCACUGAAGAGCAUCACUUCUCAUUGGCUAGGCAAACCUACUUUCUGUGAACUGAAGAAACAACUAAUCAAUCUACUAAGUCAGCGAGCUCCCUGUUAGCUGGUGGGGAACAGCCCUGGCUGCCCCUCCUAUUGCAUGGUAUGAGCCCUGAGUGCAGAAUGAAUGUCAUGUCGUCCUCUUUUAGUAGUGCACUUUGGCACCACGGUGCCCUUUACUCCAUCCCACAUCUUGGGCCUAUCUGCACAGUUGUAUUUUUCUGUGAAUGCAACAAAAAAGCUGCCACAUUAGGGAAAACAAAAAUAAAGCUGGGGGUUGGUUUUCCACCUCCUUAAUUGCCUUGCAUCUUAACCAGUUUUCCUUCCACUCCAGUAAUUUUUUCUCUCCCAUGCACCACGUCCUUUUUUUAUUUUUUCCCUUCAGAGGCGUCUCCUUUAAAACUAGUCACAAUUUGAUUUGGCCUUGCCUGUUUUGAAAGUUGGAGGUGAUUUGUUCUCCAUGUCCUGCUUCCUGCAGAGAGUACACAGUACAGGCUUCCCAGUCCCUCCCUCCUGUGGUUGGUCUUAGCCAAUUCCUGGGUCUUUUGAGUUUUGGGAGAAGGAGCUUCCCUGCCCAUCUCACUUCCUGCAUCAGUGUGAGUGAGAGCUGAGCACUGGACAGUCUACUCCCAAUCUGCUCUUGCACAAGCCACUGAUCUUGUUUGCUCCCUUUGUCCUGUGGUGGGUAGAAUUCCCCAGGAUCACUGGUUUCAGUUGGAUUCUUUACCCUGGGGAAUGCUGUUAGCUGCAGGGGAGGAGGUUAGACAGACUUGCUGCAGCAUUCAAUCUCUGUGGGAGAGCCUGCCUGACUGCAUCUGUGGAUGACCUGGGCUCUAUCUGCAGGCUGCAAAUGGAUUCUAGAGUUUAUCCCUAGGAUGGCAGUAUUAGAACUGGGCAUCCCAGGUCCCAUUCUGGUUAUCUUCACCUGCAGACAUUCUCCUUUUUCUUGUGGAACAUGCACAGCCUACUGUCUGCUAGCCAGACAUAGGAUACAAGCUACACAG